AUGGAGUCAAUUCGCGUGACCCAUGGUGACUUUGUUGUCGAAAGAGGUGGAAAACUGCGAGACACUUAUAGGAUUGGUUCAAAAUUAGGCGACGGUGCAUUUGGAAGUGUCAGAAAAAUUACUCACAGAAUUACAGGAGAAGCUCGUGCAGUGAAAACAAUUCACAAAAAAACUCUUCGCAGCGAAGAAGAGCGACAAACAUUUUUCAACGAAGUUUCAGUUCUCAGGGCUUUAGAUCACCCCAACGUCCUGAAGCUCUACGAGUUUUACCAAGACGAAAAGAAUUACUAUCUAAUUACUGAAUUAUGCUCUGGAGGUGAGCUAUUCGACCGAAUCAUAAACAACGGCUCAUUUUCAGAAGCAGUUGCUGCUGAAUAUAUGCGACAAAUUUUGUCUGUGCUUGCAUACUGCCAUGAUCGAAAUAUUGUGCAUAGAGAUCUGAAGCCAGAAAACUUUUUGCUAGACACCCCAGAGGCCGACGCAAAUUUAAAAGUUAUUGAUUUUGGGACAGCACAGUUUUUCACACCAGGAGUAACGCUAACUCAGAAGUUUGGGACUCCUUAUUAUAUAGCGCCCGAAGUCUUGAGAAAAUCAUAUGAUGAAAAAUGCGAUAUUUGGAGUGCUGGGGUGAAUAUGUAUAUAUUCUUGUGUGGGUAUCCUCCGUUUGGUGGAAAUACUGAUGAACAAAUUUUAAGAAGAGUUUCCUCUGGGAGAUAUAGCUACCCAAGCCCUGAAUGGGACAAUAUCAGCUUUGAAGCAAAAGAUUUAAUAUCGAAAAUGCUUACUUUUGAGCCACAAAGAAGAUGCACAGCAAGAGAAGCUUUGAAUCACCCAUGGAUGCACAAUGCAAGCAGAACCCCAAUCAACCCAGCUGCUGCAAGAAACAUUUUUACUAAUCUGCAAUCAUUUAGGGCUGAAAGGGCUUUACAAAAGGCGACGUUUUCCUUUAUGGCAAGUCAAUUAUCAACCAAACAAGAACAAGAAGAAAUGUUGACCUUAUUUAAGUCGCUUGAUACUGAUAACAGUGGCACUCUUUCAAGAAAUGAGCUCAUUGAGGGAUUUAGAAUUUUAUAUGGAAACCAAAUAGAAGAUAUUGAAGGAGAAGCAGCAAGAAUUAUGGGCCAAGUCGACAUUGAUAAGUCAGGAGAAAUCGAUUAUAAUGAAUUUAUAGCAGCUACUCUAAAUAGAACUAGAUUGCUUUGCAGAGAAAAGCUAGAAGCUGCUUUUAGAGCUUUUGAUUUAGAUGGAAAUGGAACUAUUUCUGCUGAAGAGCUUAAAGGAGUGCUUGGAAAGCAUCAUUCUUAUAAAGAAGAGGUAUGACAACAAAUUAUUAAUGAAGUGGAUCUAAACGGCGAUGGUGUUAUUGAUUUUAGAGAAUUCACUGAAAUGAUGCUUAAGAGAACUUAA